CCCUGCUCCCACCCCCUACUCCCGGCACCGGGUGCAAGGUCCCUUUAAGGCGACGGCACCUUCCUCGGGUCAGACUACCGGCGGCGACGACCACGGGAGUAUGGCGGACACCGACCUGUUUAUGGAAUGUGAGGAGGAAGAACUGGAGCCAUGGCAGAAAAUCAGUGAUGUCAUUGAGGACUCUGUAGUUGAAGAUUACAAUUCAGUGGAUAAAACUACUCCCGCUGGUAAUACUUUGGUCCAGCAAGGUGGACAGCCACUUAUCCUGACCCAAAAUCCAGCACCGGGUCUGGGAACAAUGGUUACUCAACCAGUAUUGAGACCUGUUCAGGUCAUGCAGAAUGCCAACCAUGUGACUAGCUCCCCCGUGGCCUCACAACCUAUCUUCAUCACUACCCAGGGAUUUCCUGUAAGGAAUGUCCGGCCUGUACAAAAUGCAAUGAAUCAGGUUGGGAUUGUGCUGAAUGUCCAGCAAGGCCAGACAGUUAGACCGAUCACACUGGUCCCAGCCCCAGGUACACAGUUUGUUAAGCCGACAGUUGGCGUCCCACAAGUGUUCUCUCAGAUGACCCCCGUGAGGCCAGGCUCCACAAUGCCUGUGAGGCCCACCACCAACACCUUUACCACCGUCAUCCCAGCUACUCUCACCAUCCGAAGCACUGUCCCACAGUCACAGUCCCAGCAGACCAAGUCCACCCCCAGUACCUCCACUACUCCCACUGCCACACAGCCAACCUCACUGGGGCAGCUAGCUGGUCAGCCUCCAGGCCAGUCCAACCAGACCUCGAAUCCCAAACUAGCUCCCUCCUUCCCCUCUCCACCUGCAGUGAGCAUUGCCAGCUUCGUCACUGUGAAGCGACCCGGGGUUACAGGUGAAAAUAGCAACGAAGUGGCCAAAUUGGUGAAUACUCUUAACACUAUCCCUUCCCUGGGCCAGAGUCCUGGGCCAGUGGUGAUGUCCAACAACAGUUCUGCUCACAGAACCAGUGGACCCGAAUCUUCAAUGAAAGUGACCUCUUCCAUCCCAGUGUUUGACCUCCAGGAUGGUGGACGGAAAAUAUGUCCACGGUGUAAUGCUCAGUUCCGUGUUACUGAAGCUUUGAGAGGUCACAUGUGUUACUGCUGCCCUGAAAUGGUUGAGUACCAAAAGAAAGGCAAGUCCCUCGAUGCAGAGCCCAGUGCUCCAUCGGCAGCAAAGCCCUCCUCCCCGGAGAAGACAGCCCCUGUUACUUCCACACCUUCCUCUACACCAAUUCCUGCUCUCUCACCACCUACCAAAGUACCAGAGCCAAAUGAGAAUGCUGGCGAUACUGUCCAGACCAAGCUUAUUAUGCUAGUCGAUGAUUUUUACUACGGACGGGAUGGGGGCAAAGCAGCCCAGCUCACAAGCUUUCCUAAGGUUGCCACAUCUUUCCGAUGCCCUCAUUGUACUAAAAGGCUAAAGAACAACAUUCGAUUCAUGAACCACAUGAAGCACCACGUAGAACUUGAUCAGCAGAAUGGCGAGGUGGAUGGUCACACUAUCUGCCAACACUGUUACCGCCAGUUCUCCACCCCGUUUCAGCUCCAGUGCCACUUGGAAAAUGUUCAUAGUCCCUAUGAAUCUACUACCAAGUGUAAGAUCUGUGAGUGGGCCUUUGAAAGUGAGCCCUUGUUUCUCCAGCAUAUGAAGGACACGCACAAGCCUGGAGAGAUGCCUUAUGUUUGUCAGGUGUGUCAGUAUCGCUCCUCCCUCUACUCUGAGGUGGAUGUUCAUUUUCGCAUGAUCCACGAAGAUACUCGGCAUUUGCUCUGUCCGUAUUGCCUCAAAGUCUUCAAAAAUGGCAAUGCCUUCCAACAACACUACAUGAGACACCAGAAGAGAAAUGUUUAUCACUGCAACAAAUGCCGGCUGCAGUUUCUCUUUGCCAAGGACAAAAUUGAACACAAGCUUCAGCACCACAAAACCUUCCGUAAGCCUAAGCAACUGGAAGGCUUGAAACCAGGCACCAAGGUGACAAUCCGGGCUUCCCGGGGGCAGCCACGAACUGUUCCUGUGUCUUCAAAUGAUACACCUUCUGGCGCCUUGCAGGAGGCAGCACCUCUGACCUCCACUGACCCGCUGCCUGUCUUUCUGUAUCCCCCUGUCCAACGCAAUAUCCAGAAGAGAGCUGUUAGGAAAAUGAGUGUUAUGGGCCGGCAGACAUGUCUGGAGUGCAGCUUUGAGAUCCCAGAUUUCCCUAAUCAUUUCCCUACCUAUGUGCACUGUUCUCUCUGUCGCUACAGCACCUGCUGCUCUCGGGCUUAUGCCAAUCACAUGAUCAACAAUCAUGUUCCACGGAAGAGUCCCAAAUAUUUGGCUUUGUUUAAAAAUUCUGUAAGUGGAAUCAAGCUGGCCUGCACUUCCUGUACCUUUGCUACCUCCGUGGGAGAUGCCAUGGCCAAGCAUUUAGUGUUCAACCCCUCGCACAGAUCUAGCAACAUCUUACCACGGGGGCUCAGUUGGAUGUCUCACUCAAGGCCUGGCCAGACUCCUGAACGAGUGUUUGACCGGAGCAUGAAGAAUACGUAUCUUCCACCUCCUCUCCUCCCUAACAAAACUGCCACUGUGAAACCUGUAGGAGCCACCCCAGCAGAGCCUCAGGAGCUGGCAGGUCCUAUGCUCCAGGCACUUCCAUCACCAGCCUCAACUGCAACCCCACCAGCAACCCCCACUCACCCACUGCCCUCCGCCCUGCCACCCUUGGCCACAGAGGGGACUGAGUGUCUGAAUGUCAAUGAACAGGAAGAGGGUAGUCCUGUUACCCAGGAACCUGAGCCAGCAUCGGGUGGUGGAGGUGGCAGUGGGGUUGGCAAGAAAGAGCAGCUGUCUGUGAAGAAACUUCGAGUAGUACUGUUUGCCUUGUGCUGCAACACUGAACAGGCGGCUGAACACUUUCGAAACCCCCAGCGGCGAAUCCGUCGUUGGCUUCGACGCUUCCAGGCCUCUCAGGGAGAGAACUUAGAGGGCAAAUAUCUCAGCUUUGAGGCAGAAGAAAAACUGGCUGAAUGGGUGCUGAUCCAGAGAGAGCAACAGCUCCCUGUAAAUGAAGAGACCUUGUUUCAGAAGGCCACCAAAAUCGGACGCUCUUUGGAAGGGGGAUUUAAGAUCUCCUAUGAGUGGGCUGUGCGCUUUAUGCUCCGGCACCACCUCACUCCCCAUGCCCGGCGAGCUGUAGCCCACACAUUACCGAAGCAUGUAGCAGAGAAUGCCGGACUCUUCAUUGAGUUUGUGCAGCGGCAGAUUCACAAUCAGGACUUACCUUUGUCUAUGAUUGUGGCUAUCGAUGAGAUCUCUUUGUUCCUGGACACAGAGGUGCUGAGCAGUGAUGACCGAAAGGAGAAUGCUCUGCAGACAGUGGGCACAGGGGAGCCUUGGUGUGACGUUGUGCUGGCUAUCCUAGCAGAUGGCACUGUCCUCCCCACCCUCGUUUUCUUCCGAGGACAAGCGAAUCGGCUUGCUAAUGUGCCAGACUCUAUAUUACUCGAGGCCAAAGACAGUGGCUACAGUGAUGAUGAAAUUAUGGAGGUUUGGUCAACCCGUGUAUGGAAGAAGCACACAGCUUGUCAGCACAGCAAAAGCAUGCUGGUGAUGGACUGCCACCGCACUCACUUGUCAGAAGAGGUAUUGGCCCUGCUCAGUGCCUCUAGCACUUUGCCUGCGGUAGUCCCCGCAGGCUGUAGCUCCAAAAUCCAGCCACUAGAUGUAUGCAUCAAACGAACUGUUAAGAACUUUCUGCACAAAAAGUGGAAGGAGCAGGCUCGGGAAAUGGCAGAUACUGCUUGUGAUUCUGAUGUCUUGCUUCAGCUGGUGUUGGUCUGGCUGAGUGAGGUGCUGGGUGUCAUUGGGGACUCCCCAGAGCUAGUUCAGCGGUCCUUCCUUGUGGCUAGUGUUCUGCCAGGUCCUGAUGGCACCGUUAACUCACCUGCACGCAACGCUGACAUGCAGGAGGAGCUCAUUGCCUCUCUAGAGGAGCAGCUAAAGCUAAAUGGAGAACAGUCUGAGGAGCACUCAGCCUCUGCCCCCCGGCCCAGGCCACCUCCUGAAGAGACAGUUGAGCCUGAAAGCCUUCACCAGCUUUUUGAGGGGGAAAGUGAGACGGAGUCUUUCUAUGGCUUUGAGGAGGCUGACCUAGAUCUGACGGAGAUUUAGGUGCUAAGGCUAUAGAAGCAUGUGGACUCAGGUAGGAGAGCUGAGGGAGGCUAAAGGGGCUUAGACAAGAUGGGUACCACUGGGGUACUUGGUUAUAGUUUCAGUUUUAUGCCACCACUCCCAACAUUGACUCUUCCUCUGAAUUUGUUGGGUUUUUAGGACCCCAGUAGUGAUCAGUUCCGAGCCGAGGAGCUGGCCCAUUGGUUACUCCUGCUAAAAACAUGUUUUUGUGACCCUUUUUUUCUUCUUCUUUAAUUUAAAUCACUGUGUUUGCUAUUUUUCUGACAAAAUCUAGGAAAACAAUCCUUUGUGGACAGAUACUAAGUUGUUUUGUUUCCCCUAUUACCUCAAUUGUAUCAUAGUAUUUCUGGGUUUUGUUUUACUGUGUGGCCAAUGUCUUUGGGCAUGAUACUAUCUAAUCAUUGUUAACAUGAGAACUCUGCUGCAGAUGGAAAGAAAGAAUAUGUAGCUCACAAACUGGCUUAUUACAUACGUGGACAAGUUUUUUUCAUUGUGGUCUUAACACUUUUAUAUAAAAAUGAAAAUGAAAAAUGAAUCCCACUGAACUCUUUCCUUCCAUUCCCCUCUAUUCCCCUCUCUCUCCAGAGGUGUUGGUUGCUUCAGCAGCUCUAGAUAGAAAAUUGUGGCUUUAAAAAGUGCAUGAACCACCUUGAAACAUCCAGAAUGGAUAGAUUUUUUCUGUCCUCACCACCCCUCCACCAAAAUAUAACAGAAACAAUAUUUCUUGCACUUGUAACCCUUGACCCUUUUCCUGAUUUUCACACCGUCGUUCACUCUGGACAAAGGAGCACAUGUGUCCCUAGCAAGCAAGAGGUAGUAUUGAGUGAGGUGAUGAGUGUUCAGGUGGAAGCCAUUCCUAGUCUCUGUCUUCAACAAGCCCCCGGCAUGGUCCCUGCUCAGUUGAACUUUGUCCUGUUAAGCUCGUCCCAGCAGCACACUUGCUCACCACAGGUACAACUGACAUAUGUUACAUGUUGAACUAACAAGACAGACUGCUGGAAUUCCUGCUUACAUGUGGCUUUCCUGUUCCUCUCAUAUUCAGAGAAAUGGAUGUGAAAAGCAUAGAGGUGUGCACAGAGAAAGACAUGAAUCUUU